AUGGUUUCGCCUGAGGAGCAAAGUACUAUCAACGAGCUCAAGGCCAACUGGGUUUGGGUCCCCGAUUGGGUCGACUCUUCCAAAGCCAAUACAGCUGGCAGAAUUGUGAAGUUCACUCGGACCAUCAGCCUUACUUCCGUUCCGAACCGAGCUCUUCUUUCGUUCUCCGCAGACACGCGCUACAAGCUAUACAUCAAUGGUGUUCGGGCCGCUGUUGGUCCGGCUCGCGGCCACACGACCAUAUGGUACUAUGAUACACUCGAUGUUGCUUCUUACCUCAAACCCGGCGACAACGAGAUUCAGUUUGUCGUCCUAAGGUAUUUUGCGGCUUCAAGGGCAGCAAUGCCUUUUGUGAGAACUUCGUUUCCGGGUUUGACCGUCAUUGGCAAUGUGGACGCUGGCGAUGCCAUCAUAAACGUUAACACCCGUGAGGGAUGGCAUGCUGAGGUCGACGACAGUACAUUAUUCCCGACCGGCCUGAUCGAUGAUGUCUUCCUCCACAUCAACGAACGAACUACCCCGCACGGGUCCUGUCAAGUGAUAACGCCAGUCCCGUACGGCUUCAAGACGCUAAACGGAGAACUCGCCCCAUGGCGACUGCAAUCUCGUGUCAUUCCUAUGCCCGAGGAGAGACCUGUUUCUGUCGUUACUAUCCGGAGCUGCGAUAGCGGCAACAGCAUAGGGGACUGGAACGCAUUACUCUGCAAUAAUGAGCCAAUGUCACUUGUAAGUGGCUCGGUUCAUACACUCGAUCUGCAGGCAGAUGUGCAUUCAACGGCAUUCAUUGCAUGGAACUUCCAAGCAGAAGAAAAUUCCCAGGUCCAGCUCAAGGUCACUUACUCCGAAGGUUACGAACUAGAGCCACGAUCUUACCCAUUCUUCCGAAGCAAAGCCGAUCGCCUCCAAUCAGAGAACAGUCACCUGAUUGGCCCUUUCGACGAGGUAACUUUGGAUAUUCCGGCUGGGGAAAUUGUAAAAUAUGAACCCUUCUGGUUCCGGACGUUUAGGGUUAUGCGUUUAGAAGUGACUGUUGGUGCUGCCCCAAUUCAGUUGCUUUCAUUUGAGGCGACCCAGACGAACUAUCCGAUCCAGCCGAAAGCGAGUUGGAAAGAACCUGGUGAUGCACAUAGCGAGCAGAUUUGGGACGUGUCUAUCAGAACGCUGCGCAACUGCAUGUUCGACGGAUAUUCUGAUUGUCCUUUCUACGAACAGCUUCAAUACUCCGGAGAUUCCAGAUCCGUAGGAUUGUUCCACUAUCUCCUAUCCGGUGAUGACCGACUUAUGAGGCAGGCUAUUACCAACUUUGCGGCCUCGAUCACACCGGAAGGACUCACACAGUCUCGAUUCCCCUCCCAUGUGCCUCAAAUAAUUGCUGGGUUUUCUCUAUACUGGGUAUUGCAGGUAUGCGACCAUCACCUCUUCUUCGGCGAUACUGUGUACACUCGUUCAUUCCUACCACGCAUUGACGGCGUAUUCGAAUUUUUUGACUCCCACAUUGAUGAGUUGGGUCUUGUUAGUGGCAUACCAGAGGAUGUAUGGCAGUAUGUCGAUUGGGUGACAACUUGGGGCGCGACAGACGACCAUCCAGACAAGGGGGUUCCGACGUCUGGUCGAAAGUCAAACCGGCACACCUAUUUUAGUAUGCUCUACGCUUUUGUGUUGAAACAAGCUGCCAAGUUAGUGCGUGACGUCGGCAGACCAGGUUAUGCAGAUGAGUACGAGUCGCGUGCGGCCUCUAUAGUCAAGGCUAUUCAGAAGCAUUGUUACGACGGGAAAUUCUUCACUGACUCAACUGCCGACGUCGCGAAUGAGCUUGCAUACUCGCAACAUUGCCAGGUCUUUGGCGUGCUUUCUGGCGCUACAUCUGUUGAAGACGGCAGACGUAUCUUGAAAGGGUCGUUUGCGGAUACUCGCUUUUCUAAGUGUUCGUACGUGAUGAAAUUCUAUGCUCUGCGAGCCUUCGCGCUCGCAGGAGAUGACGUGUACGAGUCUUUCUGGGCUACAAUUUGGGAUCCAUGGAGGAACAUGUUAAAGAACAAUCUGUCAACAUGGGAAGAAGAUGACGUGCGACAACGUUCCGACUGCCACGCAUGGGGAAGCGUACCAAUUUAUGAGUACUGCACAGAGUUGGCGGGCGUGCAGCCCACCGCACCAGGAUCAUCCAAGAUCCUCUUUAAGCCCCGUCUACAUUUGAGCGAGGAAAUUGAGGCGAAGGUGGCUCUUGGCAAAGACAACAUUGCUAAUAUCAAAUGGCAUAUCGGCUCCAAUGGGAAGAAGCAAGUGGUUUUGCUUCUUGAAAAGGCUGUUGAGGUCACAAGCCAGCUACCAGGAGGGAAAGCGCAAAACCAUGGCAGCGUCGACCACCUCGAGUUGGAGCUUUAG